AGGGAGAGAGAGCAUUUGAAAACGUCGUAAGUGAAGGGAAGUCAGGGUGCAGCAGCAGCACGGUUUCUGCCAUGGAGUGAAAGAAGGAAACCUCCUCUUCGGCGUCGCCUGCAUGCAAAUGCACCCGACCGGGGUAGAAUAAGGCUGGUUCACCACGCUCAGGUGGAACCGCACCAUUGACUUGGCGUGGAGCGGUGCUUAUCCUCGAACUUAAAGCAGCAAGACACGGUCGCUCAGAAUCUUCCAGAUCGCAUCCAAAGGCUCAUACAGGUGACAACUGUGCCCAACUUCACCGCACCGGCCGUGCUGACGCGCACAGUGCGUUUGUCCAGAGGUUGCUCGCUGCGUGAGACCCCGCCGCUCCUCUUCUGACAUUUCGCAGCGCUGCCGUGCACAUGCAGACUGUGCGUGUGUGGCAGCGUGACGCAUUUGCGCCUUUAGAUUUGAUUUAUUUAUUUUUAAGAGUCUGGAGUGUCGCGUUUUCGGACAAGUUUGGGUACCGAUCGGAAUGAUCGUCAUGUCCGCAUGGGAUAACUUGCGCGUCUCUCUGUAGAGUGACACAGAGCUCGGCUAGGUGCUGAAGUUGGUUGGGAAUAAUAAUAACAGUACGUAGAGCAGAGGACGAAAGAGGACGAAACGGCUGAAUUUAUUGCCAGCAUCGUCAUCUCCGUGUAAGGAUCGAAACUGCGCGGGGGGGACUGCUGCUCUUUCCUCCUCUUCAUCUGCACACUUCCAGCUUUUUCUUUUCUUCCCCCCCUCUUUUCUCUUGCAGAAGCAUCAAAGUGAAUUCCAGCUCCUGAAAGCACAGCUGCGUAAACUUGGCCAGAUCUGGUGACAUUGUAGCCUGUGUGUGUCUGUGUGGGUUUGUGUGUGUGUGAUAAGCAGCCUGGAUGGAUAUGCGGCUCACCGAGGGAAUUUGAAAAGCAAAGGGGGAUUACUAUCGGUCCCUCUUGUGUUAUAACCUCAAAAUGGAUGCCCACGUCAGGCUUUGGAGAUGCAACUGGAUUAGCCACUCUUCCGCUGAUCUGCUUGACAUCUGAGUGGCACAAGUGUUCAAAGUUUGGAUAAUCUCAAAGGCUGACGGUGUAGAAUGCAGUCUGGAGUGAAGACGCUCUCCGCAGGUGGAGGUGCGUCACUCUGCUGCCUACUGCUCCUCUGGCUCAUCUACUCCCAUCUGCUCAGAGAGGGCCAGUUGGCGGUGGGAACCUGCGAGAUAGUGAUGCUCAACAGAGACAGCAGUGUUCCCAGGCGGACCAUCGCCAGGCAGACAGCCCGCUGCGCCUGCAGGAGAGGCCAGAUCGCCGGCACCACCAGGGCGAGGCCGGCCUGCGUAGAUGCACGAAUUGUUCGCAGCCGUCAGUGGUGUGAGAUGGCUCCCUGCAUGGAGGGGGAGGUCUGCAGCCUCCUGUUCAACCGAUCCGGCUGGACCUGCACCAGGGGCAGUGGUCGCAUCAAGACCGUCACGCCUUUGCCCAAGGAGCCGUCGUAGGAUGCAGAGGAAAAACAGCAAGUUCAUUGACAUCUAUGUUGCUAAAGAAACCGAGGCCAGUCAUUACACCCAAGAUAUUUUGUCCGUUCACCAAUGAGGCUCCCAAAACGUACAUCGGCUCUGACCUUCAAUAACAAAAAAAUAAAAGAUAAAAUAACCCAUAACAUCUCCAGUCACCGCAGUGAGAGACCUGAAAUGUCUGAAAACUCCACGAGGGCAGCAUGGUAACAACAUCAGCAUUGAACGUUCAUCACACCCAACUUCAUGGGCUAAUCAUGGAACAAAAUCCCUAUGAGAAACCCCAGAACAACCAGUGGAAAAUUCACUGAAGGCCUUUCUUUUUUUUGUCUUUUUGUCUGCCACUGCCCAAUCUGCAGGGGACAGCUCCUUGAAGAUUCUUUUUAUACCUUUGUGGCUUGAUUUAGACUUGUCACAAGGCCUUUCAAAAGUCAGCCCCUUCAUCUUCUUUACAGUCGCCGCCAUGAAGCAAUCCAAGGUUAUAUUCCAGCCAAGUUUCUUUAAUGACAGUUCAUUGCUCGAGUCGUGACUUUACAGAGGUUGAGGCAGGCCAUAUUGUCCGUUGGAUUCUAGCUUUUAACACCUUUCUCUCAUUUGGCCAGGUGAGAUUUUUACAAGGCCAUAGCCGCCAAUGUCUCUGCAUACACAUAACGGGACGGAUAUUAUGAAAUAGCAUGAAAGUCACACAAGAGAUGACAGAUGAGUUGACUGUCUUUGCUCACUGAAUGGAGAUCGUGAUGGUGAAAUGUGGACAUUUUGGAUGACUUAGCUUAUACCUUAUGUUGUUUGGUUUUUUUUAUGUGGUGCCAACAUAGACUAGAAAAGUAGUUUUUGUCAAUGAACAUCUUGUACACACAACUGGGAGCAUUUAGCAGAUGUGGACCCCUGGCUUGUUUUAAUGAUCUAUACUGUGUGUGUGUGUGUAUGUCUGCGUGGGCGCAAGGGUGUGGGUGCAUGUUUGCAUCUGUCCGUGUGUGAAUAUGUGAGUACACGUGUGCUUGUGUGUGUAUGUUUUUCUGUAUGCGUGAGUGGGUAGGAACAUCCAGAGAUACACUGUGAAAUAAGUCAUAUCCGAUGCAUUAUUCAUACUCUUGUAUAUUUUUGGGACACGCCCAGACCAGAGCUCACCAUCUGGCAAAAAGGAAGCAUUUGGGAUUUUACAGAUGUUGGAUCUCAUUUUAAUUCUGGGUUCGCCUUUUCCUUUCUUCCUUCUUGUCUUUUCUUUAGUACAUAGAAAUAUUUAUAUUGGGGAUAAAAUAUAAUUGAAACUGAAAUUGAAACAGUAUUGUCACAUAAGUUAAAAUUCUGUAAUUAAAAUCGAUUUAUGUGUGAUUAAA